AUGUGUAGGCUGCUGCUAUUACCUGGCCACCGGAACACUGAACAGGGCGCCCGGUCUAAACCAUGAGAUAAAGCAGGCUCAGCUCAGCUCUCUCUUGUCUUGGAGCUCAAGGCUGGACAUUGCAUUGUCACCUGGAUUCAACCCUCCAUCAACGUACAUCCCAAGCCACGACGACCACCUCCGUGCUGCAUGAAGGCGCCAUGGAUAACACCGCCUCCAUCUGCUUAGGAUUCCCUCCCGAGCAUCCCACCGAUACUGCCACCUACGAAGCGGCCGUGAAUGCCCACCUCACACAGCUCGUCAAGCUGAUUGGCGACCCCUCGAGACCUUUGCAAGCCCAAGGGCCCCAACUUCUGAAGCUUCUCGACCCUUCUCUCAACUCACUUUCCUACCUCGCAGUCCUCCACGGUCUGCUGAUCCCCACUCUGCCAAGCGAACGAGAGUUCCUGUUAGAGAAGCUUGUAACCUUCCUCGUCUGCUUCGACGCGAGGCAAGCCAGAUAUGCCGGUCAGCACAUCCGGGACCUGCUCGACCUGGUCGCCAAGGGCCAGGUCCUGCCUCCCUCGGUAGCAGUUCACGUCUUGGCCUCUGCGAUAUUGCGACUCGACCCCACUGGCAGCAUGCUUACUUCCACUCAUAUCAGCUUGGUGAAGCUUGCAUAUGGCACCGACACGAUCGAGCCCGCCCUUGACGUGAUCGACAAGAAUAUCGUCUUUUAUCCGAACAUGGGACCUUUCAAAAAGCCUGCAGAGCUGAACGACCUGUCAUUACCGCCCACCGCAUACAUAGCCGAGAACACUGGCUUGACGGCUGCUGUUAAACCACCUGCUGUCCUCGAGUACGACCUGUUGCGCGGCCUCAUGUACUGUUCGCGGAGAGACUGGCCCAAGGCAUUAGCCGCCUUGGAGAGAGUCGUUGCAUACCCAACUCGAGAUCACGGAAUAAGCAAGAUCAUGGUUGAAGCAUAUAAGAAGUGGGUGCUCGUGAGCCUUUUGUGCAACGGCAAACCAUCUCCUUCGCCUGUGUCUGCCACUUCCGCUACGAGCAAGGCCUACAACACCCUGGGAAAACUGUACAGGGAGGUUGCCACCAUCUUCGAGACAGAUAAUGCAGCCGACCUAAAGCGCAAGGCGGAUGUCAGCACCAAAGACUGGCUGGAUGAUGGAAACACGGGCCUUGUGCAGGAGGUACUUUCUGCCUACCAGGAGUGGCAGAUCAUCAACCUACAACACAUCUACACCAAGAUUUCCAUUUCCGAAAUACGGAAGCGAACGAAGAGUGCUCAAACAGGCGCCAAACUUGCCAGGGACGAAGACGUCCAAUCCCUUAUUCAGAACAUGGCUAUUUCUGGCAAACUCAACGGCGUCAUUGAGAAGAACGAUGAUGGCGUUACCUUCUUGACGUUCCUUCCCUCAUCGGCUGCACUCUCGGAGAUCGAGUUUGCGAACCAGCUUGCUGGAACGGCUGCACGACUGAAGGCACUGGAACCCAUCCUCAAGGUCACCAACGAGCGAUUAGGAACUAGCAAGGAGUACAUCAGGCAUCUUGCUAAGAGGAAGAAUCAAGACUCGGAUAAGGACGGCGAUGUUCCCAUGGGUUUUGGAGAACAAAUCGAGGACGAGAACCUCAUGGACGACUCCUUGGCCGACGCGGUGUAUUAGAGCGGGUAAAUUUCAUUUCGUUGCCCGACCGACUGCGCAGAUGUAAACUGAGCUUGAGAGCUUGUGUAGCAUCUCCACCACGACCAAAAGUGAUCAUCUCACCAAAGUCCUGGGGGAGUUGGGGGCCAAAGUCAGAAGAGCUCCUGAUGGCUGGACGAACCAACCACGGGAGUUAUUGCAUUGAUCUAGAUUACCUUGCAUUAAGACGCAUGCCGGCGUUCAGGUGUAAUAGAUUGAAGGGGAAAGCCUUUAUGCAUAACGAAAUACUAUUAAAGCUUGUCGAGCUUUAGAACAUAGUCUAGAAUCACUAGGUACAUGAGACCAUGACUUGACAUGAACAUGAAAAGCUAUGAAUACCAU